AUGGCGGCUUCCACAUCCUACAAUGGCACAAACUCUGGAAUUCAAGUCGCUCAUAACUAUGCCCCUAUUACUGCAAACUUCGUUCAACUAGAAACGUCUUUAAAUCAAGCAUGUCUUCGGGAUUUACGUACGACCAAUCCUUACGAUGAUAAAAGCCGUAUUCAGAAUACCAGCGGAGGGCUGUUCAAGGACUCAUACCGCUGGAUCUUAGACAACGACGAGUUUCAACAAUGGCAAAACAACCAAAACAGCCAAAACAGCCAAAACAACCGUCUCCUCUGGAUCAGAGGCGAUCCCGGCAAAGGCAAGACAAUGCUCCUGUGCGGUAUCAUCGAUGAGUUGACACAAUUACAUGAAAACACCGCGAGUGUCUCGUUCUUUUUCUGCCAAGCCACCGACGUGCGAAUUAAUAGCGCCACAUCCGUCCUACGUGGUUUGAUAUAUUUACUCGUCCAAAAGAACCCGUCCCUUCUCUUCUAUGUACGCUCUCGGUACGACCAAGCGGGGAAAGCCCUUUUUGAAGACAUAAAUGCAUGGAAUGCACUCUCGAGCAUCUUCACGGAUAUUCUAAAAGAUCCUGCUUUAGAGAGAGCUUAUUUGAUCGUUGAUGCAUUAGACGAGUGCACGAACGGUCUUCGUUACCUUCUAGACCUGAUUGUGCAGGAGUCAUCAGUUCACUCUCAGAUAAAGUGGAUUGUCUCUAGCCGUAACUGGCCUCAAAUCAUUGAGCGUCUUAAUAUUGCAAGCCAAGUAGCUCCAAUCUCAUUAGAGCUCAAUGAUGCAUCUGUGUCCAAAGCUGUGGAUAAAUUCAUUCGACAUAAGGUCGAUAUUUUAGCGAAAGUCAAAGGAUAUAGAGAUAGGAUCCGCGAUAGGAUUUACCAUCACUUAUUACUUAACUCGCAAGGCACAUUUCUGUGGGUAGCCUUAAUCUGCCAAAGACUUGAUGGGACACCACCAAGGCACGCUAUCAAUAUGCUAGAAGCAUUCCCUCCUGGACUGAAUGCUCUAUACGGCCGAAUGAUUGAUCAGGUUCGCCGGUCACAAGAUGCUACACUUUUGCCGGAUGAUGACUAUGAUGACCAGGAUUACCUCUCAGAGAUUAUCGCAGUCUGUGGCUCAUUUCUGACGUUACGAGAAGAUACUAUCACAUUCGUCCAUCAGUCUGCAAAGGAUUUUCUACUUCGGGAAGCUUUAAAUGAGAUACUUCCUAGAGGUAUAGGAGCUGAGCAUCACAUAAUUUUCUCGCGAUGUCUAGAGGUGAUGUUCAAAACGCUUCGACGUGAUAUCUUUGACAUCAAGUUACCUGGAUUCUCAAUUAAGGACGUGAGACAACCCAGCCCAAAUCCACUAGCAGCGGCAGAAUACGCGUGUGUCUACUGGAUAGACCAUCUUCAAGAUAGCGAGCGGAACAAAUUCUAUGACCUGAGCCUUAGCGACAGAGGUCGUAUGGAUGAAUUUCUACAAGAGAAAUACCUUCACUGGCUCGAGGCUCUUAGUAUUUUAGGGUGCAUUUCAACUGGCAUCCAAGCGAUGCAAAAGCUUGAGAAAUUACUUCAGGAAAAUGCAAACUCACAAGCCAUAUUCCUUCUGGCUCAAGAUGCCUCUAGGUUCAUUCGAUAUUUUAGGACAGCAAUUGAAAGCAGCCCUCUACAAGUGUAUUAUUCGCCUCUUCUAUUCAGUCCAACAAAAAGCCUUAUAAGUCUUUUUUUUCAGAAGGAGAGACCAGAUUGGAUUUUGAACUAUCCACUGGUAGAGGAAAGUUGGAGUCUCUGUCUACAUACUCUGGAUGGGCAUAGUGAUGGGGUCAACUCAAUUGCCUGGUCACCAGAUGGAAGCCGACUCGCAUCAGCGUCUCAUGAUAAGACAGUCAGGAUCUGGGAUCCGGCCACCGGCCAGAGCGUGUCUACUCUCGAGGGGCAUAGUGGUUUGGUCAGGUCGAUAGCCUGGUCACCAGAUGGAAGCCGACUCGCAUCAGCGUCCAUUGAUAAGACAGUCAGGAUCUGGGAUCCGGCCACCGGUCAGAGCGUGUCUACUCUCGAGGGGCAUAGUGAUUGGGUCAGGUCGAUAGCCUGGUCACCAGAUGGAAGCCGACUCGCAUCAGCGUCUGAUGAUAAGACAGUCAGGAUCUGGGAUCCGGCCACCGGUCAGAGCGUGUCUACUCUCGAGGGGCAUACUAAUUUGGUCUUGUCGAUAGCCUGGUCAUCAGAUGGAAGCCGACUCGCAUCAGCGUCCAGUGAUGAGACAGUCAGGAUCUGGGAUCCGGCCACCGGCCAAAGCGUAUCCACUCUCCAUAUCAGCUCCACUCACUUGCUUCAAUUUGACGAUGUAAUUUUCAAUCAUCUGCACACAAGUAAGGGUACGUUUGAUAUAGGUUCAGUUGGUUCUGUCACACGUAUACCUUAUGAUACGAUCUCAUCGCCCGUACAAUAUAGAUAUGGCUUGAAUCAUGACGAUUGCUGGAUAACAUACAAUGGGGUCAACUUCAUAUGGUUACCCUCUGAGUAUAGACCGUAUGACGGUUCUCACUUUGCCAUGUCAUCAGCUAAUUUGGCAAUCGCCUGUUCAUCAGGUCACAUCAUAUUUCUCGCGCUCACUGAAAAGAAUCCCAUCCUUGGCGUUUAA